AUGGCGCCCAUUGGGAGUGCAGUGCCAGGUCCACUGUACUCCCUUGAUCCAAGCGAGCGCGCAAGCGGCAGCCGACAAGACUGGACAGUUGGAGAGAAGAGGGCGUGGGAAUGGUGUGUUGAAGCGGGGCCCUGGUCCUACCCGCGACCAGGGAUCGAUUCCUGUCGGUCGCAACUCCAGAAGCUUGGCGACCCUCGCGCAACAUUAGACGAACAACGGUCGUAUCUUUUGCAUAUCAGUCAAGCAUUCCAAUCUCUGGUCAAAGCAGCAGUGGACGGCACUUACAACGAGCCUUUCUUCGGAGAUGCGAAAACAAAAAAUGGGUACCAGAAGCGCGUCCGAGCAGUCAUUCAAAAUCUGAAUCAGCAAUUCAUGGAAAAGAUCUCCCGCCGUGGCCAUUUCCGCCAUGUGCUUGAAGGUGAAGAUCAAAGAUCGGGCUCCAAAACUCAAGUAUGUCUCACAAGAAAGGAAUAUGUUCAGCAUAUCGAGACGCUUCUCAAAAAGACAAGGGGUCGAGAGUUACCUGGUACUUUUAAUCCUUUGAUCGUUAAGGAUCUAUUUCAAGAACAAUGCGGCCCGUGGGAAGACAUAACACACAGCCACAUUACCGCGGCUUGGACGGCUGCAAGAGAGUUUCUUCAACAUGCAGUUUCCUACGUGGCAGACGAGGCUACUUCAAAGGCCCUGUUCAAAAAGGUGAUUCUGCCAGCUCUGGGGAAUUUGCGACAUGCAUUGGAGAAUGGAAGCGAAGAGCUCCUUAUGCCGCAUCAACGAGGCCAUCCUAUCACCUACAACCACUACUUCACCGAAACACUCCAAAAGACUCGCACUGAUCGCCAAAAAGAAGCCUUCCGCAAAGCUCUUCAAUCAUAUUUUGGUGUUGAUACUCUUUCAACCUCUGAACCUGUGCUGCACGCCAUCAAUCUUCAAGGGCUUUUCAAUUCUCUUCUUCAGAAUACUAUACCAGACAUGACACGUUUUGCGUCCGAGGAGGCACUUGACUGCAUGCUCUCCUACUACAAGGUUGCACUCAAACGUUUUGUUGAUGACAUUGCCACCGUAGUAAUAGAAGUCAAGCUUCUCAGUGCACUGCCUACGCUUUUUACACCUAUAACUGCAUUCGAGAUGCCCAAAGACUUGGUCGGUCAAAUAGCAGGUGAAUCCGAGGAGAGCCAAAGCCUCCGGGACCAACUGAACAAAAAAUUGUGGAUCCUCACGAAAGGUUCAGAUACUUGCAAGCGAUUCGUUGGUAUCAGAGGCCUUGAGUUGAACAAUGAUUUGCAGGCUAGCUUACAACAAAAUCGGGAUAGAUUGUCCUCUAGCUCUUCUAGCUCGAUCGAGCUACAUGAGGAAGCUGACGCAAUUGACUCUGAAUCAGUCGACGAGCAGUCCAGAUCACCCAGCCCAGAGCAACCUGCCAAACAUGGGUAUGCUCUGGAAUAUACCAAAGAACCGGAGCAGCUGUUAGCAGCUUCUAUUCCCACGAAGAGUGUCAAAAAGAAAACAAAGAAAAAGUCUGCCAACAAACUUCCAUCUCUCGUCGAACCGGCUGGUGAGGCUCCUACGGAAUGA